AUGUCAUUUAUAGAUCCUUAUCAGCACAUUAUAGUGGAGCACCAGUACUCCCACAAGUUCACGGUAGUGGUAUUACGUGCCACCAAAGUGACCAAGGGCGCCUUCGGAGACCUGCUUGACACUCCGGAUCCCUACGUGGAGCUUUUCAUCUCCUCAACCCCUGACAGCAGGAAGAGAACGCGGCACUUCAACAACGACAUAAACCCGGUGUGGAAUGAGACCUUUGAAUUUAUUUUGGAUCCUAAUCAGGAAAAUGUGUUGGAGAUCACAUUGAUGGAUGCUAAUUAUGUUAUGGAUGAAACUCUGGGGACAGCAACAUUUCCCAUUUCUUCUAUGAAAGUAGGAGAGAAGAAAGAGGUUCCUUUUAUUUUCAACCAAGUCACUGAAAUGAUUCUGGAAAUGUCCCUUGAAGUUUGUUCAUCCCCGGACCUCCGAUUUAGCAUGGCUUUGUGUGAUCAGGAGAAAGCUUUCAGAUACCAGAGAAAAGAAAACGUAAAGGAAAACAUGAAGAAACUCCUGGGCCUGGAGAAUAGUGAAAGCUUGUGUUCUACACGUGAUGUGCCUGUGGUGGCCAUCCUGGGCUCAGGGGGCGGUUUUCGAGCCAUGGUGGGAUUCUCCGGGGUGAUGAAGGCACUGUAUGAAUCCGGAAUUUUAGAUUGCGCUACCUACAUUGCUGGUCUUUCUGGCUCCACGUGGUAUAUGUCAACCUUAUAUUCUCACCCAGAUUUCCCAGAGAAAGGGCCAGAAGAGAUUAAUGAAGAGCUAAUGAAAAACGUUAGCCACAACCCCCUUUUACUUCUCACGCCACAGAAAGUUAAAAGAUAUGUUGAGUCUUUAUGGAAGAAGAAAAGGUCUGGACAGCCCGUCACCUUUGCCGAUAUCUUUGGGAUGUUAAUAGGAGAAACACUAAUUCACAAUAGAAUGAACAUGACCUUGAGUAGUUUGAAGGAAAAAGUCAAUACGGCCCAGUGUCCUUUACCUCUUUUCACCUGUCUGCAUGUCAAGCCCGAUGUUUCAGAACUGAUGUUUGCAGAUUGGGUUGAGUUUACUCCAUAUGAGAUCGGCAUGGCAAAAUAUGGUACUUUCAUGACUCCUGACUUAUUUGGAAGCAAAUUUUUUAUGGGGAAAGUUGUAAAGAAAUAUGAAGAAAACCCCUUGCAUUUCUUAAUGGGUGUCUGGGGCAGUGCCUUUUCUAUAUUGUUCAACAGAGUCUUGGGAGUUUCCAGCUCACACAAUAAAGGUUCCACAAUGGAGGAAGAAUUAGAAAAUAUUACAGCAAAGCACAUUGUGAGCAACGAUAGCUCGGAUAGUGAUGAUGAAUCACAAGGACCCAAAGGUACUGAAGCUGAAGAUGCUGAAGAGGAAUAUCAAAACGAUUAUCAAGCAAGUUGGGUCCAGCGUAUGAUAAUGGCCUUGAUGAGUGACUCAGCACUAUUCAACACCAGAGAGGGACGUGCUGGGAAGGUGCACAACUUCAUGUUGGGCUUGAAUCUCAAUACAUCCUACCCACUGUCUCCUUUCAGAGACUUUGACACACAGGAGUCCUGGGAGGAAGAUGAAUUGGAUGCAGCUGUCACCGAUCCUGAUGAAUUUGAGCAAAUAUAUGAGCCUCUGGAUGUCAAAAGUAAAAAGAUUCAUAUAGUGGACAGUGGCCUCACAUUUAACCUGCCUUACCCCUUGAUCCUGAGGCCUCAGAGGGGAGUCGAUCUCAUCAUCUCCUUUGACUUUUCUGCAAGGCCAAGUGACUCUAGUCCUCCUUUCAAGGAACUUCUGCUUGCAGAAAAGUGGGCUAAAAUGAACAAGCUCCCCUUUCCCAAGAUCGACCCUAACGUGUUUGAUCGAGAAGGGCUGAAGGAGUGCUAUGUCUUUAAACCCAAGAACUCUGAUAUGGACAAGGAUUGCCCAACUAUCAUCCACUUUGUCCUGGCCAACAUCAACUUCAGAAAGUACAAGGCUCCAGGUGUUCCAAGAGAAACUAAGGAAGAGAAAGAAAUAGCUGAUUUUGAUAUCUUUGAUGACCCUGAAUCACCAUUUUCAACUUUCAACUUUCAAUAUCCAAAUCAAGCAUUCAAGAGGCUGCAUGAUCUGAUGUACUUUAAUACCCUGAACAACAUCGAUGUGAUCAAGAGCGCCAUCCUUGAAAGCAUUGAAUACAGAAGACAGAAUCCAUCUCGUUGCUCUGUUUCCCUCAGCAACGUUGAGGCAAGAAAAUUCUUCAACAAGGAGUUCCUCAGCAAACCCCCAGCAUAG